AUGGAGAAAGUAAAGGAGGACACUAAAAAAGACGAUGCAAUUGGACAAAAAAAGGAAGCCCCGCCUGGUAUGCAGAAACUGUGUCUGGUUUGUGGUGACAGGGCGUUAGGGUACAACUUCAAUGCGAUCUCUUGCGAGAGCUGCAAGGCGUUUUUCCGUCGAAACGCGCUCACCAACAAAGAGUUUAAGUGUCCGUUUUCAAACAAUUGUGAGAUCACAGUGGUAACGCGACGAUUUUGUCAAAAAUGUCGUCUCGAAAAAUGCCUAGCUGUAGGCAUGGUCAAAGAGUUUAUAAUGUCCGAUGAGGAUAAAGCAAAUAAGAGAAAAAAAAUAGAGGAGAAUAGGGCAAAGAAACGGCAAAAUGUGGAAAGCGAAGAAGUGCCAAAUAGUAAAGUUAGGAAGGAGGCCCCACCGCUUGCAGAAACAACGGUGCAAUAUGAUGUGCUAAACAGCACAACUUGUAGUCCCCAUAGCACUGUACAGUCUCCAUUGAGCACAGACAUAGAUAAUUCUUUAAAUUCACCACCCUUUUAUAGUUACAAUGUGGCCACUCAGAAUUGUGAUGCUCAGUACAGGGUGCGUCCCAUUGAUGAAAAGACAGUGAUCCAUAGAGCUGUUUAUGAGCAACGGCUAGGAUAUAUUAGUGAUCAGGUUAACAGUGCGUAUGGUGAGCCUCUUAAACAAAAUAGUAUAAGGUCAAUUUUAACAAAUGGUAAAGCAUUAAAUAAUGAAGUAAUGAAUGAUCAGAUAUGUGAAGAACUGCCGUCCACAAGCAAUGAUGCUGACGUCAAUAAGGCGAGAGAAAUACUUCAGGACGUCGAAAGAAUAGAACCAAAUUCAAUGGAGUCCAUAUUGUGUGAAGCAAUUAAACUAGAAUUUGAAGCGUACACCUCCUUGACCAACUCCAGUGGAUCAUCUAGAGAGCUGAAUGAGGUGGAAAGAGCAAAGCUGAAUGAGCUGAUUGUAGCUAAUAAGGCGCUCAACGCACCCAUCGAUGAUGAUGUGUCAGCCCUUAUUGGAGACACUGCUGGUUUUAAGGCAAUGGAGAACAAGCACGAUCCUCGGCUAGUGACCAUCGUGAAUCUGACGGCCGUUGCCAUCAGACGUUUCAUCAAAAUGGCUAAAAAGAUCAACGCUUUCAAGAACAUGUGCGAGGAGGACCAGGUGGCGUUGCUGAAGGGCGGUUGUAUAGAGAUGAUGGUGCUGCGCAGCGCAAUGACCUACGACGGACAGGGAGACCAGUGGAAGCUACCUCACAGCCAGUCGUGCUUCGGCAGCAUCAGGACCGAUGUUCUGAAGCUGGCGAACGGCAACAUCUACCGCUCCCACGAGGCUUUCAUCCGUUCCUUUCAUCCCAAAUGGCGGACGGACGAACAAAUCAUUCUUAUCAUGUCUGCCAUAUUGCUGUUCACUCCGGACAGGGCGAAGGUCGUUCACCGAGAUGUCAUCAAACUCGAGCAGAACUCGUACUACUAUCUCCUCCGACGCUACCUGGAGAGCAUAUACCCGGGGUGCGAAGCCAAGUCCACCUUCCUCAAACUCAUCCAAAAGACCGUGGAGCUGAGACGUUUCGCGGCGGAGGUGACCGGAGUGUACCUCGACGUGAACCCCAUCGAACCCCUUCUCAUGGAGAUAUUUGACCUCAAACACCACCCCGCUUAG